AUGUCGCAGUUUGAUAUGUAUGAUCCCGACCAUCACCGCCAACAGCCGCCGCAGCAACCUCGUAAGAAAUCGAAACUGGGGUUGCUGUUGUUGGCUUCCAGAGUUUCGACGUUGGCUUCGCUCCUUGUCUCUAUUGUGAUUCUGAGGAGCAACAAAAAGACUUACGACGGUGCCAGUGUCUACUAUGAUGAUUUCCACUCUUACGGGUUUACGUUUUGGGUGAUGAUAGUAGGAUGCGUGUACAGUCUGCUCCAAAUCCCUUUUGCACUAUACUUCUUCCUCAGAGGGGAGCUUCUAAUACGUUACACAGGCUUUGUUAAGUUUGAGUUUUAUGCUGAUAAGGUAAUGGUGGUACUACUAGCAACAGCAGUAGGUGCAACCUUUGGUGCUACCACGGACAUGGACGAGCAUGUAAGAAAUGACAAUGAAUGGGAGCAUACUCUUCAUGACUUCUGGCGUCUUAUGUAUCUUCCAGCCAGCUUUCUUCUCGUGGGUUUCGCAACCUCGAUCAUCUCUGCAAUUUUCUCAUCUGAAAUUAUCCUUGCCGGGUCGAAAUUAUGAUACCAUGCAUAUCAUCUCGUUACAAGACUGGUUUUACUUAGAACACAUCUUCGAAUAAGGUGGUUGAUUUAUCCUAAAUCAAAAAAAAAAUAUGAUGAUCUUGGACACAUUUUUUGUCAUUUUAUGUUUAUUUUCUUAAGGGAAUGAAAAUAUAAGAUGAUUGUG